AUCGGAUGCCUAUGGGACCAUAAUGUGUAAUGCAUACGAAUAUUGAACAUAACAUUACAUAUGGAUUGAUAUUUUAUUUGUGGUUCUUGAUAAAACCGAAUAAUUUAGUGUUGAUAAUUCCGACAUUGUAAUGGUUAAAUAGAAUAGAUCGUUCAGAGACUGUAUCAAAUGCGCUGAAUACAAACCGAUUCAAAGUGACCAUGAAUCAUAAGUUUCACUCAUAGAGUUUAUCAAAUAUGUAUUUAACUUUGUUAAAAAUAGAGAAAUAGAAAAUGCAAGCUUUUUUGAAGCUGACAACCGCCUAAUAAAGGUUGAAGUCUACUAUCAUAAAUGUUUUGGAAAAUAAAAACCAAAUAAAGAAGCAUAGGUAGGUUGGAGAUGAAAGUGGAAUUUAAUAUGGACAGGCUGAAAUUAGGCCAUAUCUAUCCACCUUUCUCACUCAAUGCUAUCUAACUACCAUCACUACUCUAUUAUAUACAUCAACACUUCAAUACCAUUUCUUUACUCUUUCACACAUUAACUUCCCAUCCACCAUCACCACCACCACCACCACCACCACCCUUAUCUCCUAUCUUACUUCCACGACACUACCACCACCGUUUUCCGGCCAUGGUGAUCAAAUCAAACACCAUCAUUAUGGCCGUUGCCAUGUUGGUGGGACUGAUUUUCGCCGGGCUUCCAUGUUUCAAAGCACAGUCACCAGUCGGAGCUCCGAUGAUGUUGCCUGGUGCACCAAUGGCGAUGGCACCAGGACCUGAUUGCAUGACCGCAUUGUUUAACGUUUCAGAUUGUUUGAGUUUUGUUCAAAUUGGAAGUAAUUUGACUAAUCCCGACAAAGCAUGUUGUCCGGAGGUUGCAGGGUUGCUAGAAAGCAACCCUAUAUGCUUGUGUCAACUGGUCGGUGGAAGUACUGCUAAAGAUUAUGGAGUAGAUAUCAAUCGGGCUCUCUUGCUUCCUAAUGCUUGUAAAUUAGAAGUUCCUUCUAUUAACGCAUGUCCUUCAGCUUCUCCAGUAGCAGCUCCAACACCUAGCUCAGCAAGUGAAGCACCUAGAUCAACAACAGCUAGUCCAGGGCCAGCUGGAGAAGAAGGGUUGAGCCCAACUGCAUCUGGAAACGGUGGCAGCAAUGGAGCUUCUAGCUCUGCAAUUCACGAUCUUUCGACACUAAUUUGUUUAGCGGCUGCUAUCUUCAUAGCAUACUACUUUUAAUUUAAUUCUUUUACUUUACGAUAUGCAACUCAUUGUCCACAUUUUUCAUAUUCUAUUAUAUCAUAUGUAUGUAAACAUUAAUUCACACAUUUCGUGCUCGAAUUUACUCAAUAAUAUGUAGUGAGUUUUAUAUAUUUUAUUUGUAGCCUGUAAGGAUUAUUAUGUCAGUCCAACUUCAACCGCAACAUCAAUAGAAAAAAAAAAUCACUAACAUGAUGUUAUAAUACCACCAAAAUGCAAUUCUUAUCCCAACUACAUACCAAAAAUCAUAUUUUUGUCAGAGAUAUUAAUUAAAAAAAACGACCACUUGUUAACCGAGAAGUC